AUGCCUCCACUGCUGCCAAUGGACCUCAAGGGGGAACCUGGACCACCAGGAAAGCCGGGCCCGAGAGGACCACCUGGCCCGCCAGGCUAUCCAGGCAAACCGGGCACCGGCAAACCAGGACAUCAUGGACAACCUGGGCCUGCUGGGCCCCCGGGCUUUUCUGGCAUCGGGAAACCAGGCCUUCCGGGCCUUCCGGGCAAGGCUGGCAUGAAGGGGAUGCCAGGGCCGGCAGGGGAGACUGGCCUACGAGGAGAGCAAGGUCCCCGGGGUUGGCCAGGGCCACCGGGAUUGCCUGGGCCCGCUGGACUCUCUGUGAAUGGGAAACCAGGCCCAAACGGGAGCCCGGGCCUCCCUGGAUUCCGGGGAGAACCUGGGCCCAAAGGAGAACCUGGCCUGCGAGGCGAGCGUGGAGCAAAGGGCGAGAAUGGCAUGGGGAAGCCCGGACUGACGGGCCCCCAAGGGAAUGGGGGACUGCCUGGCCCUGCAGGGGCCCCGGGGCCUCCCGGCUUUGGAAAACCUGGCCUGGAUGGGUUGCCUGGGGCUCCGGGGAGCAAAGGGGACUUGGGGCUUCCGGGUGAACCAGGGCUGAGUGGACAACCUGGGCUUAUGGGCCCUCGUGGCCCUCCAGGUGUGGAUGGCACCGGACUGCCCGGCAUAGCUGGCAUGCCGGGUUUGCCAGGCCCUUUGGGGGCCAAGGGUGAACCUGGCCUACGUGGCCUUCCAGGACUGCCUGGCCCUACAGGGUAUGGGAAACCAGGGCUCCCUGGCCUAAAGGGGGACCGUGGGCAGCAAGGAGUGACAGGAAUCAUUGGUGACAAGGGGGAGCCUGGGAUGGAUGGAGAGCCAGGGGAGAUGGGGCCCCCUGGCCUGGUUGGGGGCCCUGGCCCUCAGGGCGUCAUGGGUUUGCCAGGCAAGCAUGGGCUCCCUGGUGUAAAAGGUGAAGUAGGGCCAAGUGGGCCUAUAGGACCCCCAGGCCUGCGGGGAGACCAGGGGUCCAAUGGUUUUGUGGGCAAGCCGGGGAUUCCUGGGGAGAGAGGGCUCCCCGGUGCCACAGGGAUGUCUGGCCCAACAGGCCCCAAGGGGGAAGCGGGCUUCAUGGGGCUUCCCGGGACCCCAGGCCCUUCUGGGCCCCAUGGGACAAAGGGAGAGUCUGGGAUCCCGGGCCAACCAGGCCUCAGAGGCCCUUCAGGAAUACCAGGUUUACAAGGCCCCUCUGGUCCCAUGGGGCCCCAAGGUUUGACGGGCUUGAAAGGUGAGCCUGGCCCCCCAGGGGCCCCGGGAAUCAGCAGAGUCGGACAGCCAGGCAUGAUCGGUCCUACUGGCCCUCCAGGAGUUCCUGGCAACCCUGGGAUCACUGGGCUCCCAGGCCCCCCAGGCCCCCCAGGGGCCCCGGGAGUCUCUCCUGCCAGAGAUUAUCAGGGCCACCACUUGCCCGAUGGAAAUGUUGACGGAGCAGUGCUGGGGAACGGCAAGUCCGGGAAACCCCAGUUUGGCCGAGGGGAACUCUCUGCCCAGAUGUUGCCGGCUUUCACCGCCAUCCUGAGUUCACCCUUCCCAGCCUCAGGAAUGCCCGUAAAAUUCGACAGGACUUUGUACAAUGGGCAGAAUGGCUAUAACCCAGUAACGGGCGUCUUCACUUGCCCCAUUUCCGGCAUCUAUUACUUUGCCUACCACGUCCACGUGAAAGGAACCAACGUCUGGGUGGCCCUUUACAAAAACAACGUGCCGGCCACCUACACUUACGACGAGUACAAAAAGGGCUAUUUAGACCAAGCGUCGGGCAGCGCCGUGCUCGAACUCAAAGAAAACGACCAAGUCUGGAUCCAGAUGCCAUCAGACCAAGCCAACGGUCUCUACUCCACCGAAUACAUCCAUUCUUCUUUUUCCGGAUUCCUGCUCUGCCCCACAUAACGGCCGUUUGGGAGUAGCUCCUUUCUCCCCC